AAAAGUGGCUCAGCUGUUGAUAGUAAAGCAAAAAAUGGCUCAGCUGUUGAUAGCAGUAAAGCAAAGACUGGCUCAGCUGUUGAUAGUAAAGUGAAGACUGGCUCAGCUGUUGAUAGCAGUAAAACAAGGACUGGCUCGGCUGUUGACAGCAGUAAAGUAAAGACUGGCUCAGAUGUUGAUAGCAAUAAGUUGAAAACCAGUUCAGAUGCUGAAGUCAGUAAGGAGACAACUGACUCUAAAAUCACUAAGGUGAAGACUGAAUUAGCUGUUGGUAUCAGUAUGGUGGAAAAUGGUUCUGAUGUUGAAAUUAGUGAGGUGAAAAGUAGCUUAGAUAUUGACAUCAAUAAAAUGAAAGCUCACUCAGAUGUUUUUAUCAGUAGAAUGAAAACAGAAGGUGGUUUGGGUAUUCGGGUCAGUAAGGUAAAGACCAACUCAGAUGCUGAAACCAUCAGCAAGAUGGAAACUAGUUCAACUGUCAGUUGUCAUAAGGUGAAGACUGAUCCAACUAUCAGUAGCAAAAAGGUGAAGAUUGACUCAACUGUUGAAGCCAGUAAGGUGAAGAAGGAACCGAGUGUUGGUAACGGGAAACAAUCCACAGUCAAAAAUGCCUAUAAAAGACAUUUGUCAAGUGAAGUUACAUCUAAUGAGAAAAAAGUCCGUGUAAAUUGUAGUACUGACAGUCAAGACAGAAAGAAUAGAUCAAGCCCCGAUGACUGUCAUCGGAUAAAGAAUGCUGUAUAUUUUGAUAUUUCCAGCAAGAAAGAUUUGUCGUCUACCAACAUUUCUUGUGGGAAAACUAUCACAACAAAAUCUAACAGUUCAUUUAAAUAUGUUGAUAGUUCUGUUACUCUUAAUAAGAACAAAAACGCAACAAAUGUCAGCAACUCUAGUAAGAAAAUACUCAGCACCUCCACUUCCAGUGUAGUAUUCUCUAAAGCUGAUAGUUCCAGUAAAAAGAUUCUAUCUGGUGCUCACACUUCUGAUGUAAAAUCUUCAUCUAAAGCCAACACAUCCAAUAAAGAGUUUUUGUCAAAUGCUGACAUGUCCAGGAACAAGAUUUUAUCUAAAGCUGACACAUCCAGUAAAAAGGACUUAUCUAGAGCUGGCACAUCUAAUAAAAAGACUUCAUCUAAAGCCGACACUCACAGCAACAAGACUUCAUCUAAAGCCGACACUCACAGCAACAAGAUUUCAUCUAAAGCCGACACUCACGGCAACAAGACUUCAUCUAAAGCCGACACUCACAGCAACAAGACUUCAUCUAAAGCCGACACUCACGGCAACAAGACUUCAUCUAAAGCCGACACUCACGGCAAUAAGACUUUAUCUAAAUCCGAUAUGUCCACAAAGAAAACUUCAUUGAUAGUUGACACUUCCCGGAAAAAGACUUUAUCUGAUGCCAACAUAUCGAUUAAGCCCGUACAAAAUAAUACUAACAUUUCUAAUAAGAAGACUUUGACAAAUGCAAAUGUUUCACAGAAGGAAAGAGCUGAUACUACUGCCACUUCAUUUACUGGGGUGGUUCAUCGAAGUGUUUCUGCCUCCAAGAGAGGCUCGGAUGCUGUUAGAAAAUCUUGUAAAGUAGCAAAGGGAUGCAGCUAGGACAAUCGAGAACUGUCUAGAUGCAAAUAUCAAAAUGUUUAGUUUUGUCCUUCCAGUUUCUAAGUUCAAAACUUACAGAGAUUCUAAAUGACAGUCGUAUUUCUGCAGGGUCGAGGUUAGUUUAAUUAGCUGGAUAUCUUCUCUGAAAGUGGCCUUAUGCUUGUGUAAUUUAUAAUUCACUUAAAUAUAUUCAAAUUAUGAAUAGGGAAAACAAAAUAUGAGUUUAGCUUUAAAAAAAAUAAAUUCAUUUUCAGAUCCAAAAGCUCUUCGAGGUUUUAAACAGUUCCUAGAUCUGCACUUUGAGCUGUUUUGCUAAAGUACUGCUUUCUGGAAUCUGAAGAGUUGAUAGUGAUCUCUGUAAGUGGGGGCGUGCUUAAUCAUAUGAAACAAACAUUAUAAAUGUCAGAAUGCAUAUACAGAAAAAUAGCUGAGAUUUUAGGCUGAGCCUUGCUUCAGUAAAGAAUUAUCAGAGGUGUCGUUAAAAUUAUCAAAUUUCUUCUCCCACCAAAAUAUGUCUUAUUUUAUGCUUCUCAAUGGUCCAUAAAGCUAGCUUUCAAGGUGACUUGUUUUAUAAAUGUAAAUAAUAACUAAACCUUCAACAACCAAUAUCCUCAGUUGAUUUUAUUCUGAGGGUAAUAAAAGUGGUUGCUUUUGGACCAUACAGAAAAGAUACACUGAAAGUUCAUGUUACUGGUUAUUUUUUUACUGUGAGGGUAGAAACACCAUACAAAGGUUAUGUAAAUAUUUGAGCAAACUGUGACCAGAAGUCACGUUUGAUUCCAAGUUAAAACUAUUUGCAUUGCUUCCCAUUGCCAAGAACUUGGAUGGACAUUCCUUUACCAAUUAGUGAUCACAAAAUGCAGUGUGAACAUUUGGUAUUCAGUUCAUUUGUAUGAGAUUAAUCUGUUUCAUCAGUUGUAUAUUAAAUGUUCUCCUUGUUUAUAUUUCAUAAUGAAUAAAUCAGUAUUUUCUUAA